AUGCUUGACGACCUGGUGCCAACGACAGCGUCCAACAGAUCUACUGCGUCGGGAUCCGAGCACAACUUUUACGUAACAUUCUUCGAUGAAGUUAGCAACAAAUACGUUAACUCUUCACAAAACUACACCGAGACCUACCAGUCGUUCAUUCUUCCCUGGUGGCGGCAGGUGUUAUGGACGGUGCUGUUCGCAGGAAUGGUGGUCGUGGCCACCGUGGGCAACCUUGUCGUCAUAUGGAUAGUGCUAGCAAAUAAACGAAUGAGGAGUGUCACUAAUUACUUCUUGGUGAAUCUAUCCGUGGCAGAUGCUAUGGUGUCAACAUUGAACGUGACAUUCAACUUUACGUACAUGCUGAAUUCUGACUGGCCCUUCGGUCACUUCUACUGCAAGUUUUGUCAGUUCGUAGCAGUGCUCAGCAUUUCGGCAUCUGUCUUCACUUUACUGGCCAUUAGCGUGGACAGGUAUGUGGCCAUCAUGAGCCCGCUAAGACCCCGGUUGGGUAAACGAGCUACACUUGGUAUCACAGCUGCUAUCUGGGUGUGGAGUUCCAUUCUCAGCAGCCCAAACCUAAUCUACUUUACUACAGAUAAUGAUAUUUUGCCCGAUGGAUCAAUAAGGAAAGUGUGUUUCUCCGAAUGGCCUGAUGGAAUGACUACAAGGUCGAAACUCGAAUACUGGUACAACGUCUGUUUCAUGGUGCUUACGUACUUUUUGCCCAUCACGUCGAUGACGUACACUUACUCCAGGGUCGGCAUCGAACUCUGGGGUUCUCAAUCCAUUGGCGAAUGCACGCAGAGGCAACUUGAUAAUGUCAAGAGUAAACGCAGGGUAGUGAAAAUGAUGAUAGUGGUCGUAGUAAUAUUUGCCGUCUGUUGGUUGCCAUUCCACGUGUACUUUCUUGUCACCUCGUACUAUCCAGAAGUGGUCAACUACGAGCACAUACAAGAGAUAUACUUGGCCAUCUACUGGCUAGCAAUGAGUAACUCCAUGUACAAUCCUAUCAUUUACUGUUGGAUGAAUUCCAAAUUUAGACGAGGCUUCAAGCAGUUCUUCUGGUGUUGUGGUGCUUUUGGUCACGGUGGUCUGGAUAGGCGUAGAGGCUUCGGCACCGAUCGCAUCGACCGAUCAGUGCGCUCAUUGUCACCGAGCCGUAAGAAUGGUACCAGCACCAUUCGAAUGUCGAUGCAUAGCACUUACAACCAGACUCUAGUGAGCUCUGCAUGA